AUGACACAAAGUCAGAAUUCUGGCAGGAGGAGACGAAGGGGUAAGCCUGUGCAGUUAUUUCAUGCUAACAUGUAUUGGAAUGAGGAAAAAAAAAACACGUUUUAGUUUAUUAUUCAGAGCAGAAGUUGGUGCAAUCUCAAUGGGAGUAGAUUUCAUCAUUACGACCCUAAUGUUGCUGCAAUAACGGACUGCUGUUUGGCCCGGGGCCCUCCUAUAAAAGGGUCUUUGAGCUCCCCUCUCAGAGAAACUCAGCCAGCUUUAGCCCACAGAGUGUGGAGCUCCUGAGGCCGAGUUUAGAGGUCCCCCCCUCCUGGAAUGUGGCUGGGAGUGGAUUGCACAGUUUUUACUCUCUUGAAGAGUCUGGCGAGGGUAACCCUGCUGGUGUAGAAAACACAUCAGCCAGUUCAGGUCACUUUAGGUGAUAGAGCGAAACCAGAACAAAAUCACAGUUUUUCCUGUUUGUGGUGUCCGUAUUUCAGCUGUUAAAUGUGAAUAUCUGCAGAAAACAUCUAGACUUGUCUCUGUAGUAUUUCUAGGCUCAUCACACUUUUGGUAACUUCUCUGUUUUGGCUGUGUAACCUACUCUUUAUGAGUUAUUGUGAGUAUUUAAAUUGGUGUUUUUUUGACAGUAUUGCAUCGUUUUUUUUCCGUGGAGGUCCAGUGGAGAAAGGUUGGGAUCCACUGGUCUGAAUGCCAGAGCUUCCAAAGACCCCUCUGCGGUCUAGCUGUUAGUUUAAGUUUUAAAUCCCACCAGUUUUUUGAGAGAAGUGAAGUUUUAAUUUUUAAAGAUGAUUGAGUUUCAUUUUUAUUGGAUUAUAAGUGAAGAUGAGGACCAGCAGACCGACAGGAGUAGCUCCAGUGUUUGAUAAAAAAACAAGAAUUUUGUAAGAACUAAUAAACACAAAAAUCUGAGUUAGUGAGAUGUUUUUAAUGGAUUUUUAAAGCUUCUGUAAGGAGUUUUUUAUGUUUAUGAAAUACACUGAAAUUCAUAUUGAUGCCUUUUAAUGAUAAAUAAUGUCAGACAAGACCAGCGGAGACAAGCCUGAUGAUUUUUAUAACUUAUUUUUACUGUCAGAAACCGGUGUGAUGAUAAGUAAAAGCCUGGCAGCUGAAACAGCCCUGUUUUUACGAUUUACAUGUAAAAUGUAGAAAAUAAAUUAUAUACUUGACUGUCAAGAGUGAGCAGGAUAAGAUUUGUUGUCAUAAAUUAAUAUUUGGUUGAUAAAUAAUGUCUGCGGUGUCUCUAAAACAACGAGACUCUGUCUUAGAUCAACACAAGAAUGAGUUCCUGUGAGGACCUGAGGGAUCUUUGCCUCCGAGUUAAGGUGUGACGUCAGUCCUAGUCUUCUUCCUCCUCCUCCUCCUCCUCAGGCCAGAUUCCCUCUGUUCAUACUUAGUGUAAUAAACCAGCGUCCACUGAGGCGUUUGGCGUCUUGAGCAGGAAGGCGUGGUGUACAGUCAGUGGAUCAAACAGCCAGGAACAUUAAUAAUCUCUGCAGCAUUGGUGUUACGUAAGUGGAGCAUAUCUCGUGACAGUGGUAUGCGCUCAGUUCUCCGGCUGGUUUUGUAUUUCCUGAUUUACCUGCUCACAGCCACCUGUCUCAUUGUCACCUCUGAUUUAGCUCCUCCCAGUCAAUACGUUGACAAAGCCGGACAGUAACUACCUGAUAGUCAUCCAUUCUCAAACCGGGUCACAUCCUGCUUGAGCAGGCUGAGGUGGCAUACACUCACCUGUGUGAGCUGUAACCUCAGAUUAGAUUAGAUUAUAUUUGGAGGAUUCGCUGAAUGGACGAUCAAUCUGCCAACGAGAGUGAGGAGUCGGAUCAACUUUUAAAGAGUAUGUGAGUAGAAACAGAUUGACAUUUUGGCCUGUAAGAGUAAUUAAGGUUUCCCAUUCAGGUUUACCACUAAGGUCUUCUUAAGUAAGCUAACGGGUAAAUCUAGACUUGAGGCCAAACCUUUGUGUAGUGUUUCAGAACAGCUCAAGACAAAGCAGGUGUAACAACAUAUUUUCUUACCUACUUAAACUCCAUGGUGGUUUCCUCUGGAUCAGGCUUGUGAAAGUAAACAAAACGGAAAAAGAAAAUGGUAGAAAACAAGACUAAGAAAAAAAAAGCAUUUUUCUGUUUCAUGAGGAGCUUUUUGACCGGUUAUGAAAUAGGAAGAAAUCAACAAUGGUGUCUCUUUAUGGCAUAGAAAUGUAAAUAAGGACAUCCUCGACAGAAACAACAGUUAUCAUAGAGUAAUUUUUAACGCCUGUGACAGCUGCAAGGGCGUAGUAUUUACACACAAGUGCUGUUUUGUUAGCAAAGUGCAGGAAAAACCUAGUUGAGAUUGAAGAUGUUCUCCUUUGUCCACAGGGGGCGCCAAACAGGAGCUUUAAAAUGAUUUUAAAACAUGUUAAUAACCCCUUUCAGAAUCUGCUCUGUAACAGACCCCUAAACUACUGUAGUUUAAACACAGAGGUUAGUUGUUUAAAUGCAGAUAUUUACAGAAUGUCCCUUUAUUUUCUGUCUUACAGGUCAAACCAGGCCUCCGUCCUCCAUGCCUGCUGCCCCAGGCUUUUCUCGACCGGAGCAGAAUGAGCCGAUGAAUAAUCUGCGAAUUUCUGUCGGAGGCCUCCCCGUGUUGGCUUCCAUGGCCAACACCACAGACCCUCGUUUCCGCCUAAAAUGGAAGCCCAUCCUGGUGGUGGCGGUCUCGCUGGCGUUACUCCUCCUGCUGAUGCACUUGAGCUCGGGCAUGCACCCGCGCUCCUACGUCUCUCACAACGGGAAAGUGAAUCGCGGCGACGCUGAGGAGCAUGCGUCCCGUUACAAUGACACCUACCCCCUUAGCUCGCCCGAGCACACGCCGCACGGCAUCCGCUACCGCAUCGGGGUCAUCGCCGACCUGGACACGAACUCUCUCAGCGACAAGAAACAGACGUGGUUUAGCUACAUGCGGCGGGGGCACCUGCUGGUGUCCCAAAGCGGGGACAAGGUAGCGGUUGAGUGGGAUGCUGACAGGGUGGUGCUGGAGAGCCACCUAUCAGAGAAAGGCAGAGGUAUGGAGCUGUCGGAGCUGGUGGUGUUCAACGGGAAGCUGUACAGCGUCGACGACAGGACGGGUGUCGUCUACCAUAUCGAUGGGGACAAAGCUGUGCCCUGGGUCAUCUUAACUGACGGAGACGGCAGUGUCGCCAAAGGUGGGUCGAGUUGAUAUAUGAACUUAGUUUUCCUCAGAGGGGGAAAUCCGAGGUAUCAACAGGGUUCCUAAAAAUGUCUGAUUUUUACUUAGAAGAGGUUUUAAAUAUUAGAUGGCCUUCAGUCCUGUUUAUGUCUUAGCUUUUUACAAUCCUACUCUGGCAGAAGUAAAGUAGGGGAGAGUGGGGUAAGUUGAGCCACCCCCUGUUGCUUGGAAAUGGUAAAAGAAAUUGAUCAUGUGACCAAAUAUUUAGGAGAUUGGCAUCAAUUCAUGGAGUCUGUGAAGGUUAGAAACACUUGGGUGAUGGGGUUAGACAUUUAUUUACAAAGAAAAAUGUUUUUCACUCUUCAAAGUGAAUUUAGUCUGUCGAAAGUUUUAUUAGAAUUGUGUUCAGACCAAAGAAGAUAAUUUUUAAAUUAGUUGUAUACAUCAAUUGUGGUAUCUAUGAGCUAAAAUAUGAGGUCAAAAACCAUAAAAGUCCACCAUUUUAGCUCAAAGGACUAAUAAAGUCAUAGUAGUAGUUCUGGGGUAAGUUGAGCCUGUAGCUCAACUGGAAAAGUAAAAGAGUCUGAUGAGAGGAUCAGAGUUUCUGUUCAGAUUGAAGUAUGAAAUGAAAUAAAAUAUUUGGAUCUUGAUGAUUCGAUUUGAGUUUGGAGGUGACCCCAUGUGUUGAAGCUGGUAGCCUAGCUUCGAGCCUCUGUGACCAACACACUUACAAGGAUCAGAUUGAUUGAUUGAUUGAUUGAUUGAUUGAUUUAGCUUUCGUACACACAUCAGACUUUUUAAUUCUUCUAUAAGUAGUAGAUGAGAUAAGAUCCCAGACAAAUCAAUUUACCUUUUGGGUUCAAUAAAGUUCUUGUAUUGUAUUGUAUUAUACGAACCUCGUCCAAUACCACUUAAGACAAAAGCAGAGUGAUACUUUACUUUAUAAACUGUUGGGUCUAAACCUGCCCAAAUGACUGAAAACACAUAAAGAAGAGAAAGACGAUGGUUUAGAUUUCUUCCUCGAGGAGAAUGGGCAGAGAUAGUUUCAGUUACAAUCUCAAAACCAUUCUGAAGGUAUUUCUGUCCAGUCCCUUUUAUUUAGGGUUGUCCCUGGUUACACAAUGUUACUAAAGGAUGGGGGAAAACUAUGUGCAGCAACGUAAGCCCUCUCAUAAAACAAAAUAAUGAACAACAGAAAAUAUGUGAGGGUCAAGGCGACAUUGUUGACAUUAAACGAGCUCCUUCUGAUAGGAGCGGAUCCUCCUCAUUACUUCCCACGAUUCACAGUGGAGGUUACAUCACACACACACCUGCUAAUAGGAGAAACAAGGUCACAGAGAAGUUAAGAAAAACUCAUGUGCUGUGUAAUAAAUCUAUUGGAGAGAGAAGUUAGAAAACACUCUUAUAUGAUGUGUAACAAGAGGUUAAAACAGUUCAUACUUGUAGUAAACUCUUACAUAAGAAUAUGAGUAAAAAUGAUAACUUCUAUAUACAUUUAUACACAUUAUUCUGACAUAAACUUUACUAAUAAGUAAGUUAACUUCAGUAUACUGUCUUAGAUAUCACUAUUUUUUAAACAAACUGUAUUUGAAGCUCCUAUGAGGAGUUUUUGGUGUUUAUGAAAUUGGCUGAAAUUCACAUUGAUGCCUUUUUAUGAUAAACAAAAUCAGACAAAACCAUCAGGGACAAGACCGACCAUUUCUUAUUCUGUAAUUUGUAAUGCCUGAAACCAGUGGAAGGGGGCAGGUGUCAGCCGAGCUUCAAUUUUCCACAUGAAGUAUUCAGAAAAAUGCUGCGUUUGACCGUCAGGAGUCAGCAUGAUGACAUUUCCGACGCAGGACUCUGACAUUUCCUCGUACUCUCUCCUGACAGGGUUCAAAGCCGAGUGGAUGGCUGUGAAGGACAAGCACCUAUACGUGGGCGGUCUCGGCAAAGAGUGGACCACCACAGAAGGCGUGUUUGUCAACAACAAUCCUGAGUGGGUGAAAGUGGUGGGCCACAGAGGGGAUGUAAAACACGAGAACUGGGUUCCUAGGUACAAGUCUAUGAAGGCUGCGGCAGGAAUUGAACCUCCAGGUGAGGACAGAAAUCCAGCCUCGCUGUUGAAACCUCGAUUUUUUUCUUUUACGACUUUGUUUAAUGUCCCGAAUCCUUGCAGGUUAUUUUAUUCAUGAAUCCGCCGCCUGGAGCGACACCCUGCAGCGAUGGUUCUUCCUCCCUCGCCGUGCCAGCAAAGAGCGCUACGAGGAGACGGCAGACGAGCGCCGGGGCACGAACCUCGCCCUCAGCUGCUCGCCGGACUUCACAGACAUCAUCGUGAGCCGGGUGGGCGAACUUAACCCCACUCAUGGUUUCUCCUCGUUUAAGUUUGUGCCCAACACAGACGACCAGAUCGUCCUGGCUCUCAAGUCGGAGGAAGACGCCGGAAAGAUCGCCACAUACAUCAUGGCGUUCACACUAGACGGACGCAUCCUUUUAGCGGAAACCAAGAUCGGGGACGUUAAAUACGAGGGUUUGGAGUUCAUAUAG